AAAAUGGGUUUCCCUAUAGCAAAGGCUUUUAAACAAGGCAAGAGGGUCGAAGUGUGCAGCAGAGAAGAAGGGUUUCAGGGCUCCUAUUAUGGAGCAACCAUACUGCAAAACAUGGGGGACAACAAGUACAAGGUGAAGUACAACCGCCUCGUAUGCGAGGACGACCACUCCAUACCUCUGGAAGAGGUGGUCGAGGGGGAUGAGAUACGGCCUCUGCCUCCUCUGCCUCCGCCCAAGAAAACGAAAGCCGGGUUCGCUGACGGGGACAGGGUUGAUGCGUUUGACAACGACGGCUGGUGGUCUGGAAUCAUUACUGGGAAGGUCGGGUGCUACUUUGGCGUCUACUUUGAGACUGGGCAUCAUAUUGGUUACCCUGAGAGAAUGCUCAGGCAUCACAUGGAUUGGCGCAAUGGAGAAUGGUUCUUCUACCACUAGCUGCUGCUGCUGCUGCUUCAUGAAUUUAAUUUGAAACUAAAUCCACGUUUUGUUAUGAUUUCUUGCUGUCU